AUGCAGAUGGGCGCCUUUAACGUUUUGGCCGUCCUCUCAGGUCUGGCCGUUGCACUGGCUAGUGAUAUUUGCGCUGCAAGUCUAAAAGUCAAGACUCAAAACGGUGUGCUGGAAGGUUUCAAAGACGACUCCUCCAACGUUGCCCAGUUUCUCGGUAUUCCUUAUGGUGAACAUCGACGAUGGGAGCCAGCCAUACCUAGUGGCCAUUUCGGAACACUCAAGGCUACAUCGUUUGGUCCUAAUUGUGCUCAGAGUGAACCUGGUGUUGGCGGUCCUUGGGCUCCCGAGUUUCUCAUCAAGCAUAACAGCACGAGCGAGAGUUGUCUUUUCCUGAAUGUCUGGGCGCCGGAGCAGGCCCUUUGCCCCAAAGCGAAACUGCUUCCUGUGAUUGUUUGGAUCCAUGGAGGAGGUUUCGCAUCGGGCGGUGGUGAUAUUGUUUAUCAGAUCCCCAAGAACUGGGUUGAGAGAAGUCAAAAGCACAUUGUUGUCAGCAUCAAUUACCGUCUCGGAGUUUUUGGCUUCCCCAAUGCCCCCAGUCUUAACCCUAAACAGCAGAACUUGGGAUUCCUUGACCAACGUCUCGCAGUCAAAUGGGUCAACGACAACAUAUCGCGCUUCGGUGGUGAUCCCAAACGUAUUAUUCUCUGGGGCCAGAGCGCCGGCGCCGCUUCUGUGGCAUUCUACCAGUAUGCGUAUCCCCACACUCCCAUCGCUGCUGGAUACAUUGAGGACUCGGGAUCUGCUUUCCUCGGGUUGAGGGGAAAUGAUGACACGAAGAGCAACUUUACUUCGCUUGCCAAAUCGUUCGGAUGCAGGCGUGACUAUGUUGAGUGUCUACGACGUGUUCCUUUCAAGGAUCUCCAGAGACAUGUCGAGGAAGCAAAGACUAUGAGCUUUGUCCCUGUUGUUGAUGAACGGACUGUGUUCUCCGACUACACUGACAAAAUCCCCAAUGUUGCCAAACUUCCUACGAUCAUUGGAACAAACCGAGACGAAGGAGACCUGACUGACCCUCCAGCGCAAGGAGACCAGUCUUCGGAUCAAGCCAAGCCCGAUAAUACCUUCCACUGCCCGGCGCACUACGAGACUAUCCUUCGAUCUUCAGCAGGCGCAAACACAUGGCGAUAUAUGUAUUCCCCCAACUUUACCAACAUUAUGCCUGGAGGAGAGGGUGCGUUCCACAGCGCCGAGCUACCACUGAUCAUGGGAACUCAUGACGAAGCCCGUGGAAAGUCAAGCAAGUUUGAGUACGAGGUCAGCCACGCUAUGCAGGAUUAUUGGCUUGCUUUUGCGCAGGAUCCUUCUGCGGGUUUGACACGGAAGGGAUGGAAACCGACGCCAAAGACAGGAGUUCAACAGGGGAUUGCCUUUGGGUCAGACAAUAAGGUUGUUGUGAAGCCAUAUGUCUGGACUAGCAUGGAGACUGGAUGUAGCAAAGCUGGUGCUAAGUAG